AUGGAGAAACUUCGGCACUGUAUGGAGGCCUGGGAGAGGACGGUGUCAAGUGAAAUGCCACUUCGAACUGACCAUAGUGACGAAGCAGUUAAAAGGCUGUGGCCCCUUUUAAUGCCAGUGCCUGUGAUGCUGGCCUGGUACCAGCAGUACCAAGACGGCAGGCAGAACACAACGCUUGCAAGGAGCCCAAAGAGGAAAGAAUAUAAAGAUGAGUCUGGGACGGAUGCACACUCCUCUCCCAGAGCGCGCAGGGCAACCACAUGCAGGGCUGAGAGGAUCUCUGGGGGGGUCAUCCCCUAUGUGAUCGGAGGAAAUUUCACUGGAACCCAAAGAGCUAUCUUUAAGCAAGCAAUGAGGCACUGGGAGAAACACACUUGUGUGACCUUUGUGGAGAGAACUGAUGGAGAGAGCUUCAUUGUGUUCACAUACAGAACCUGUAGGUGCUGCUCCUACGUGGGUCGCCGAGGAGGGGGCCUUCAGGCUAUAUCCAUUGGAAAGAACUGUGACAAGUUUGGUAUUGUGGCUCAUGAGCUCGGUCAUGUGGUGGGUUUCUGGCAUGAGCACACACGGCCUGACAGGGACCAGCAUGUCACUAUCAUCAGAGAGAACAUACAGCAAGGUCAAGAGUACAACUUUUUAAAGAUGGAAGCUGGGGAAGUGAACUCACUUGGAGAGACCUAUGACUUUGACAGCAUCAUGCACUAUGCUAGGAACACAUUCUCCAG